AUGGAAAUGAUCCCUAGGCCUUAUAAAAGAACAAUUCAAUGGAAAAUUGCGAAAAUCUCGGAAAUGACUAAUGAAGUGUGCUGUUCGCCAAUUCACGUCAUCGCAAAUAAAAUUUGGCGGCUUUCCGCGUGCGUCGAACCGAUUGAAUAUCACAAAUAUCUCUCGAUAAAUCUUCAUUGCUAUGCCAACAAUCGGAAUAUUGAAUGGUCGUGCGACGUUGAUGUCGAAUUCCGCCUAAUAUUUGAAUUCUCGAACACAUCAUCAUAUAAGAGAAGAACGAUGAGAUGCACGUACAACGCCGACAAUUGCAGAUGCGGAAUUGCGAAAUUCGUUGAAAUGAGCGAGCUAGCAAAUCCGACGAAUGGACGUCUUCUGAAUGAUUCGGUGAUUGUUGAAGCACGAAUAAGUUUUAAAAAGACACCAUGGAUCAUUCGGAAUAUAUCAAAUUUGACAUCGAACGGAUUCAAAUCGGCCCCAUAUUAUUUUGGCGACAUUCGGUUUCAGUUUGAAGCAGCCAGAGAACGAGCGGACGACGAGGAUUAUUUAUCGAUGUACUUGAUCUUCAAUGAAGACAACAAGAGCAAUAUAUGGUCGUGUCGAAUUUGCUACGAAUUCCGAUUGGUCUCCCAAAACCCGAUCGACGAUGAAUAUGAUGCGCCUUUAACAAUUGGAGGAAUCGAAACAUUCUCUUCAAGGCAACCCUGUUGGGGAUGCAAGCUGAAAUGGGAUAAUGUGAUGAAUCCUGCGAAUGGAUGCAUUCUCAAUGAUUCGCUCAUCAUUGAAUCUCGAUUUUUCAUUUUGAUGACUGAUGGAUUGCUCAUCUUUCCGUCGUUCGACACCUACCGGUCUUCAGAGUAUUCUAUAGUGACGAUCAAUGUGCAGAACCAUAUAUUUCGCCUUGACAAAUCGCUUUUGGGUGCCAUUUCUCCAGUCUUUCGUGACAUGUUUCUCGAUGAAAACGAGAUUCAACUAGAUGAUAUCAAUUAUCGAGACUUCUUCUUCCUGGUGAAUGCCAUUUUUUCAUGCUAUUUUCAACUUCAUGAGUUCCAUGUGAAUUGCCUUCUCAAAUUGGCCGACAAAUUCAAAAUCGAUUAUAUCAAAUUCGAGUGCGAACAAUUUCUGAAGCAUCCAAAUCGACUUUCGAUUGGCGAUAUGUUGAAAUUGGCUGAGGAUCAUCGACUAGCCGCUAUACAGAAUUUGUGCAUGCAAUCGCUCACAUCAUCAGACGAAAUCGAAGAAAUUCGGGAAAGCUAUGAAUACAAAUAUCUUGGAAAUGAGACGAGAGAGAUUCUUGACAGAAAAUUAAACGAAUUUGACAAAUUUUAA